ACAUCGUGCUUCCGGUAGUGAUCAUUCAGUCCAAAAUGGCGGACCUCCUGGGCUCAAUUUUGAGUUCGAUGGAAAAACCUCCCACAGUCGGAGACAAGGAGAGCCGACGAAAGGCCCGAGAACAGGCAGCAAGAAUGAAGAAGAUGCAGGAGGAUGAGAAGAAAAAGAAAGCCGAGUUCAGGAAAAGGAUGGAGAAAGAGGUGUCAGAAUUCAUUCAAGACACUAAGCAACAGAAGAGGAAGUACAAUCCCAUGGGAAAGAUUGAAAGGAGCAUAUUGCAUGAUGUAGCAGAAGUUGCUGGUCUGGCAUCGUUUUCUUUCGGAGAGGAUGAGGAAAGCAGAUACGUCAUGAUUUUUAAGAAGGAGUUUGCUCCAUCAGACGACGAGCUGGAGGCUUAUCGGAAAGGAGAGGAGUGGGACCCCCAAAAAGCUGAAUACCGCCGCAGACUUAAAGAGCAGGCUGCGUUAGAAGAGGAGACCACCGGUAAGACACAGAAGAGGGCAGCGUCUCCCAGCUCCAAUUACCGUGACAAGUACAGCCAUCUGAUCGGCACCUCUUCUGCUAAGGAUGCAGCACAUACGCUAGAGGCCAACCAGGCAUAUGGCAUGGUACCUGUGGCCAACAAAAGGGACACCCGCUCCAUAGAGCAGGCCAUGAAUGAGAUUCGGGCCAAGAAACGUCAGAAGACAGGAGAUGAAGACACCGGGGCAGGGAGCACCUCCACCUCUUGAGGGGGCUUUUGUGUGUGUGUGUGUGUGUGUGUGUGUGUGUGUGUGUGUGUGUGUGUGUGUGUGUGUGUGUGUGUGUGUAAAAGACAGAAAACAGCAGUUAGUCUGAGUGUAAAAGAAAGAAAACGUAUGAGGGGCACAGAGGGAGUACCUCAAAUCUGUAUUAACCUAAUGGAAGCCUACUACAUUGAAAGAUCCUACAUGUUUCCCAGGACAUAUACAGUAGGUGAAACUUGUAGGUAUGUAAGGAAGGUUCUUGAAUUAUGUUUCUCCUCUGUCCUUGACUCGGGUUGACUGUUUUUAUGUUCCAACCAAAUUGGUCGUGUGGAAGUCUGAUUUAAGAGCAUUUUGUCUAUUGGCUUUCUUUCUGUUUACCCCAAAGUCCUGUAAUUUCUCCCACACAAAUUAAUCCUUUUUCUCAGUGAACGCAAAGAGGAGAGUAGCACAACCAUGAGGGGCAACAGUAGGUUGCCGGUAGUUUAGCAUUUGUCUGUUUUCACCUUUACGAGGAAAAUAAUUCCUAUUGUGACAUAUCGUGGCAGUUAGGAGUUACAGGAUAUGUUUUUAUUAUGUUUGUUUUUAGCUACAUUAUGGGCUCUAUUCAGUCUCAUCGUUGAAGCGUUACAGAUUACCUGAUAGGUCAUUUCAGAGUGAGCGGACAUAUGCAGCGUUUACUGUGAAUGCAGUCUCCGCUAAAUGUCAGUCACGCUGUACCCACUUGGACACACACUGGUUGAACCAAUGUCUUUUCCAUGUCAUUUCAAUGAAAUUACGUUGAACCAAUGUGGAAUAGAUGCUGAAUUGACGGCUGCGCCCAGAGGGUAACACUGAACUUUUGCGGUACGGCUUGAAUAGAGCCCUAAGUCUUUGUUCUCGGGCCCAUAUAGUGUUUCGAUCCCACAAAUGAAAAGUGAAUGGAGGCUGAAGAUUUAAUUUGAGAAUGAAAUCACUGCAGUUUGUAGGCCUACAUGGUAGAUAUACUAGCAAACAUCAAGUUGAUGAUGAUUACAUUUCUGGGGUCAUAUUCAUGGGGAAGUGUCUCAUUUAGAGACGCAAAGCACUGUUUGAAUCUCACUGUCUAUAAAUCAUUGUUACCUUCAGCAAAUGUAAUACAGCUCUGCUCCGUUGUGUAGUCUGGUCAAACUGAAUCAGUCACAUUUUUAAAUGAGAAUUGAAAUACGUGUCCUAUGCUAGGUGGACAAUGUUGUGUUGUCAAUGUUUUAUUCUACGCGCUCGUUCACUUGCUCAGUGUGUAAAGAUGUUGGCAUGAUGGCAUCUAGCUGUAACCAUUUUAAUCCCUUUCCUGUAUGUUUUAAUAAAUGCUGGAGAAAUGUUGAUUUAA